AUGUUAUCACUGAAACAUGUGUAUUUUUUCCAAGCUGGCAUUGGCAUCUUAGCCAAUACCUCCCUUCUUCUCUUCCACAUCUUCACAAUCCAUCAAAUUCGUAGGCCUAGACCAACUGACACGAUCACUUGUCAGCUGGCUUUUGUCCAUAUAGUGAUGCUACUUACCACUCUAGAUAUUUCAUCUGCAGACAUAUUCCAAUCCCUGGGAUUUCCAAAUGAAUUAAAUUGUAAACUUAUGCUCUAUGUGAGUAGAGUGUCUAUGGGUCUCUCCAUCUCCACCACCUGUCUCCUGAGCAUUGUUCAAGUCAUCACCAUUAGUCCCAGCUCCUUCUACUGGUCAACAUUUAAACAUAAACUCACAAAACAUGUUUCCAUUGCUUUCGUCUGUAUUUGUUGCCUCAACCUGUGUUCCAAUAGCAACAUGAUCAUCUACACUGUAGCUCAUUCCAACAGGACCAAUCUACUCAAUGUCAGUAAGUACUGCUCACUUGGCUCAAUUAAUUCCAUUGUCAGGGCACUAUAUCGCACAAUUAACUUGUCCCAGAACAUCUUCUUUGUAGGAAUGAUGCUGCUCUCCAGCAUAUACAUGGUGAUUUUCUUAUGUAGCCAUCAGAGGAAGUCUGAGUACCUUCACAGCAUGAGCAUUUCCCCAAGGACCUCCCCAGCAAAAAGGGCCACCUGUACUGUCCUAGUGCUGGUGAGUUUCUUUGUGAUUAUGUCCUGUGUUGAUAUCACCAUCACGUCCUUCUUAUACACAUUGUGGAAAUAUGAGCCAGCCAUACCGCAUAUCCAGAGACUCAUGGGAAACAUGUAUGCCACUGUCAGUCCUUUGGUGUUUAUUAGUUCUGAUAAAAGAAUAGUUGACAUUCUGAGAAAAGUAAUCAAUAUGUGCCAAACAUUUCAAGAGUUGAUAAAGCAAAUCAGAAAGAUAAAAUAUAUCAUUUGGGGAAUAUUCAAUCAUCCAUAA